AGAACACACACAGGAGAGAAGUCUUACAAAUGUAAUCAAUGUGGUAAAGCCUUUGCAAAAAUCAGUCAUCUCCUGUGGCAUAAACGAACACACACUGGAGAGAAACCUUAUAAAUGUAAUGAGUGUGGUAAAGCCUGUGCAAAAAACAGUACUCUCAUACGGCAUAAAAGAACACACACUGGAGAGAAACCUUACGAAUGUAACCAGUGUGAUAAAGCCUUUGCACAAAACAGUCAUCUCUUAAGCCAUAAAAGAACACAUACUGAAGAGAAACCUUAUGAAUGUAACCAGUGUGGUAAAGCCUUUGCACAAAACCAUACUCUCAUACGGCAUAAAAGAACACACACUGGAGAGAAACCUUACGAAUGUAACCAGUGUGAUAAAGCCUUUGCACAAAACAGUCAUCUCAUAAGACAU